CCGGGGCCCCGCCGCAGCCUGCGCUCGCCCCGCAGCGGCUGCGACAACUGCAACGAGUGGUUCCACGGCGACUGCAUCCGCAUCACGGAGCGCAUGGCCAAGGCCAUCCGGGAGUGGUACUGCGAGAGCUGCCGCGCCAAGGACCCCAGCCUGGAGAUCCGCUACCGGCACAAGAAGUCUCGGGAGCGGGAGCCGGAGCGGGACAAGGCGGAGCUGUGCGGGAAGGGCCCGGAGCUGCCGCUGGAGCCGGGCCGCGCCGCCAAGGUGAAGCGCUCGGCGCGCAUGUGCGGCGAGUGCGAGGCGUGCCGGCGCCCCGAGGACUGCGGCCAGUGCGACUUCUGCCGCGACAUGAAGAAGUUCGGCGGCCCCAACAAGAUCCGCCAGAAGUGCCGCCUGCGCCAGUGCCAGCUGCGCGCGCGCGAAUCCUACAAAUACUUCCCGUCCUCGGUGAGUCGCCCCGGACGCCUGGGCCCCUCUCGGGCUUCCCGGACGCCGGGGCCCUCUGGGNUCCCUUUGCACCCUAGAUCCCUUUGCACCCCUGAUCCCUUUGCACCCAGGUACGAGAGCCAGACGUCGUUCGGGUCCAUGUACCCCACGCGCAUCGAGGG